CGCCGUCGUCGUCGCGCCCCUUCCGUACCGAAACGUGUCCACUCCGACAGCCGCGAGACGUCACCGGGGUAACCCGAGAUCGCCGGUCACCUAUUAAACAUGGGAACAAGUAAAUCCCGCAUCCUCCGCCGCUCUCUCCUUCCCCUCCUUUCCCUUCUGAUCAAAGCCCGACCACCCAUUAGCUCCAAACCUUCGCACUUGGUUCGGGAGAGUUCUUCCGGUCUUCGCCCUUUUAGAUCAGUGUACCUUGUCGCGGCAGUAAAAAGUUGGAAUCUUUGAUCAAGGAAAGUUGGGAUCUUGGAGAUAAAUCCAUUGCCUUGACUUGUAGAGACUGGCUGGUGGGGUUAUAGGCUGCUUCUCAGUUGUCUCAAGGCUCCAUAUUGGUAGCUAAUCCUCCUCCUGUUGAGUGAGAAGGGCGUGAGGUUUCUGCAGCUUCGAGUCUCUCGAGUGGCUGAGGUUGAUGAAGAUGGUAUCAGGGGCCGACUUGACGCCUUCUUUGAGCAUAAUGAAUGGCGGAUCCACGCCUGACGCCGAGGACCCCGAAGCGCCGGAGGGAUCGAGGUCGACGAGAGCCGUGAGGCCGCCCCGAUCGGUGAUUCGUCAUUGCGCGAGCGCUGCGCGGCUGGACAUCGCGGCUGAAUCGGAGUUUAAUGUUGGUGGUUUGGGCUUGACGUCUUCCUGUUCGGAGUUCUCGCCGGUGCUCCGGUCUGGAAGCUGGACUGAGAUCGGUCUGAAGCAGUGCAUGGAGGAUGAGCACAUCUGUAUCGACGACUUGGUAGACCAUAUCGGAGAAAAUGCCAAUAUCUCAUUACCGGGAGCUUUCUAUGGGGUUUUCGAUGGCCAUGGUGGCACAGAUGCAGCAAUUUUUGUCAGAUCAAACAUCCUGAAGUUCAUAAUUGAAGAUGGCUACUUUCCCAGCUGCAUGGAGGAAGCCAUUAAGAGUGCAUUCUUGAGAGCUGAUUACGCCUUUGCUGACGCUUGUGCUCUUGACAUCACCUCAGGCACCACAGUGCUCACGGCCCUUAUUUUUGGAAGGACCAUGUACGUUGCUAAUGCUGGUGACUGCCGAGCGGUGCUAGGUAGGCGUGGCCGAGCGGUGGAACUGUCCAGAGACCACAAACCCAACUGCAGUAUCGAAAAGCUCAGAAUCGAGAAUUUGGGAGGUGUUGUCUAUGACGGGUAUCUAAAUGGUCAAAUAUCAGUAGCAAGGGCUCUUGGUGAUUGGCACAUGAAGGGCCCUAAAGGAUGUGCAUGCCCCUUGAGUGCAGAGCCAGAGCUGAAGGAGACAGAGCUCACAGAGGAAGAUGAGUUCCUAAUUAUGGGUUGUGAUGGUCUAUGGGAUGUGAUGAGCAGCCAGUGCGCUGUCACGACAGCCAGGAAGGAGCUCAUGGCUCAUAACGACCCCGAAAGAUGCUCACAGGAGCUAGUCCGAGAGGCACUCAAGCGAAACUCCUGUGAUAAUCUUACAGUUAUUGUUGUUUGCUUCUCACCUGAUCCACCCCCACAAAUUUCAAUCCAGAAGACUACAGUUCGGAGAACCAUAUCAGUCGAGGGACUGAACUUUCUCAAAGGAGUACUGGACAAUAAUGUCUGACAGAGAAUAAGAAGCAAAAUUGUUCCUUUCCACUUCUCUUUUCCUUCUGAAUGUCUCCAUCCUGUACAUAAUUGGGGCCUCAUGUAUUUUGUGGCAUUAGGCCUGUUUCCAGAAAUAAUACAUCAUAAUGUUCAUCUUUUCCCUUCCAA